GUUUUGGAUGGAACAUUCAUGGAGGAGCCUGGAUCUGGUGCUGUAGGGUAUAUUGAUAAUAAAAGGAUUUCUGUCGGCACACUGGAAUGGGUCAAAAGGCAUGGAGUUCUUGAGAAUCCGCUCCUAGAAUUUGAUGACUUUAAGAACCAAUCAGUAGUAUAUGUGGGAGUUGAUGGCGUCCUUGCUGGUCUAAUUUAUGUUGAGGAUCAGAUCAGAGAAGACGCAAGGCAUGUUGUAGAAUCUCUGUCGAAACAAGGGAUUAGCACUUACUUACUGUCUGGUGACAAAAAGAAUGCUGCCGAGUACGUCGCAUCUGUUGUUGGCAUCCCUAAGGAAAAUGUAUUUUAUGGAGUCAAACCAGAUGAAAAGAGUAGGUUUGUAAGCAGACUACAAAAGGAUCAGAGAGUUGUAGCUAUGGUCGGCGAUGGAAUAAAUGACACUGCAGCCUUGGCAUCAGCACAUGUAGGAGUAGCUAUUGGUGGUGGAGUUGGAGCUGCAAGUGAUGUGUCUUCUAUUGUACUGAUGCACGAUCGGCUAUCUCAGUUGCUCGAUGCUCUGGAGCUAAGCAGGCUAACCAUGAAGACUGUAAAACAAAAUCUUUGGUGGGCCUUCGGAUACAACAUUGUUGGAAUUCCAGUAGCUGCUGGAGUCCUGCUGCCGUCUACUGGAACCAUGCUUACUCCGUCAAUAGCAGGAGCUCUCAUGGGUUUGAGCUCUAUUGGCGUGAUGACAAAUUCAUUGUUGCUGAGACUCAAGUUUCAAUCAAGGCAGAAGGAAAUUCAUGGACCAUCAGUAAUAGUUGAAAUUCCUUCUGAUGCUUCUGAUAGCUUGAAUCAAGAAAAGUUAAGACACCCGUAUCCAACCUCCAGAUAGUGUCCUACAAAGCCAAGUCAGUGAUUGAUUCUGACAUUCAAUUAUCCUCGGCUUCAGAUACCUACCAUUUGAAGGGAUCCUAACCGUGUAACUGUGCAGUUUGAAGGGACGGGAAUAGUGGAAUAUGCUCAGCUCAAGCUUAUGCGGGUUUAUAUGGUUGGGAGAUCGAGAAUCAUUUUGUUCAUCACAGCCUACACAUGCUAACUACUUAGUGAGUAUAUAAGUUGCUAGGCACUGAAUCGACCUGUCUAGGAGUUGCAUACAGUUUGGUUAAUGAUGUGAAGUGUAAUUGUCAGUUCGUGCCAAGAAAAUGCCACUGGUAGAUCUCAAUGAAUUUGAGGUGCAGAAUGUCGUCCAUUAUCGCCUUUAUUUUUUAAAACCGAGAUCUACACAACAUGCCAAAUGAGGAUGAUGGGCUGCAAUAAAGAUAUAGAAGAUAUCCAGUUCCCCGUCAGUAUGGAUUGGAGGAGGAAAAUGAAGCGUCUAGAUAUAAAUCAAUGUACUGUAGUCCAAUCUUAAAUUGUGUUGGAGUUGGCAAUGUCAUUCUAUCAUAUUUGGAUUCAUUUCAUUCCAGUGCUAAGUUGUUACAUCAUUUAAGGUAAAUUCUGUAACUAUAGAUAAAUAUUGCGCGUAAACCAACAUACAAGUUUAACACCCAAAUCUUAAACUAAGCUAGUCUAUAUAUCAUUGGAUAUUGCUUUCU